AUGGCCGCACCAGCACGAAGCCUACGGCGCCUAUCGUCCGUAAGGACAUCCCUUUUAUCUGCCCCGUCAACCCUCUCCCCCCUCCACUACCGCACCUAUGCCACGACCGACAGCGGCUCCGCCACUAACACACCGGGGAUCACCCGUCGGCGAAAGACCUCCUUUCAAGACAAACUUAAUGCCGGCCCCUCCUUCUCCGAUUUCGUCUCGGGCGAUGCAGAGGAAGUUCUCGAUCCCGCAGAAGCCUACGCUCUCAAGACAGCCAUGGUCGGCCCAGCUGGUCGCAAGAAGGAAAUGACUCGGCUCCCCGAAUGGCUUAAGACUCCUAUCCCGGACUCGAAGAACUACCAGCGCUUGAAGAAGGAUCUCCGUGGAUUGAACCUGCACACUGUUUGCGAGGAGGCUCGAUGCCCUAACAUUUCCGAUUGCUGGGGUGGAGGCGAUAAGGCUGCUGCUACCGCUACUAUCAUGCUUAUGGGCGAUACUUGUACACGCGGAUGCCGGUUCUGCAGUGUGAAAACUAGUCGUACACCCGCAGCACUCGACCCGCACGAGCCGGAGAACACAGCUGAGGCUAUCUCACGAUGGGGACUUGGAUAUGUGGUUUUGACUAGUGUUGACCGUGACGAUCUUGCUGAUGGAGGUGCGCACCACUUCGCCGAGACCGUCAUCAAGAUCAAGUCCAAGGCUCCGAACAUCCUGGUCGAGUGUUUGACUGGUGAUUAUCGUGGAGAUCUCGAGAUGGCGCAGGUGGUUGCGCGGAGUGGAUUAGACGUUUAUGCGCACAAUGUUGAGACCGUUGAGGCUUUGACUCCUUUUGUGCGUGAUCGUCGCGCUACUUUCCAGCAGUCGAUUCGGGUUUUGAAGGCUGCUAAGGAGGCGAAGCCUGAUCUUAUCACGAAGACAAGUCUUAUGCUGGGUCUUGGUGAGACGGAUGAGCAGCUUUGGGAUGCGCUGCGCCAGUUGCGUGCUGUUGAUGUUGACGUUGUCACCUUUGGUCAGUACAUGCGUCCUACCAAGCGUCAUAUGGCUGUUCAUGAGUAUGUCACUCCUGAUCGAUUUGAGGCUUGGCGCCAGCGUGCGCUUGAUAUGGGUUUCCUAUACUGUGCUUCUGGACCUUUGGUUCGCAGCAGUUACAAGGCCGGCGAGGCGUUCAUUGAGAAUGUCCUGAAGAAGCGUCGUGGUGGAGCUGGAGCCACUGAACAGACUGUCGAGCAGCCUGUUAUCCAGACUGGCGAGGCAACCCGCUAG